GCGAGUGGUUGGUGAUAAUCGACGACGGUUGUAUAGCUCUCGUCGAUUUGACAGUCCUCACUGUCACAAUUUCGGCAGCGAAAAUACUAAAACACUGUAACACAUCAAAGAAUGCAGAGGAUUUAGGUUGUACCGUGUGAUUUACCAACCAUUUUUCAGCGCUUUUCAUGGAAAUUCACGUCAAAAUGCUGUGCAGUUGUGAAUAAAUAAAACGAAACGGUUGUGAGUUUGCUAGAUAAUUCGGUGCAUUUGAAACGAAUAUCGCUUGAAAAAGGUGUAUACAUUUAUACGGCGAGAUACAUAACCCCAAAAAUUCAUUCAAAACAUCCAACGAAAAGUAAACGUUUAGACUAGUUUCUAGGAUUUAGUUGGGAAUUUGUUUGAUUUAGAAGCUGGAAGUGAUCGAUUGAAAAAUGUCACACUUGACGCAACGUGAAAUUGAAUCGUUGCGACCUGAUUUGGAGCGAAUUGUUGCUGAAAAAGUGUCGGACAAUCAUUCGGAUGUGUUGACGACAUUGGAAAAGUGCUUAUACAGUGGCUAUGAUCGGAAACGAGCAACAGAGAAACUGAGCCAUUGGAUUGAUAGUAAGAAAGCUAGCCGAUUGUAUGACAAAUUGGAGGAUUUGAUGGAACGGCGAAAAAGUUCGUCAAAGUUAAAUAAACGCGGCAAUGACGAUGCCGAUGACAAAGUAAUAAAGAAAAUUCGAACGGGAUAUGAGACAAAUGAAGUGUCAAAUGCAAAGCCAGCACAACCACCAUCAGUAGCUGCAAUUCCGGCGACGCUGCCGACGGGUGUAGCACCAGCGGCAGCCGCCGAUGCAAAGAGCCUAACAUCGCAACAGAUUAGCAUGAUGAUGGCAAAUGCACAGCGUGAAAUUGAAGAGCGUAAAAAAGCACUGAGCACUUUGCCAAAGGAUCCGGCAAACCAAGAGGAUGUUGAACGCGCCAAAAAGAUUGCCAUGUUACAAGCACAAAUCAAGGCCAAAUUGUCGGGCAUUGGCAUGAGUGCGAUUAUACCACCCGUGCAGGAAAAACCAAAGCCACUGAUUCUCGACGAACAGGGUCGUACGGUUGAUAAUAGCGGACGAGCGAUCAGCAUACCGACACUAGCACCCACACUUAAAGCCAAUAUUCGGGCCAAGAAAAAGGAAACAUUCAACAAAACCACUCUGUCCACUGAACGCCAACAGGAGGAUCAAUCGCUAAAAUUCUUCGAUGAACGAAUUGCCGCCAAACCGGCACUGCGAUCGAAACGUUCGCUUCGCUUCCAUGAGCCGGGUAAAUUUCAACAAAUGGCCGAAAAGAUGCGCAUGAAGGCACAGCUCGAGAAAUUACAGAAUGAAAUUUCGCAAAUUGCACGCAAAACGGGCAUUAGCUCAGCCACAAAGCUGGCAUUAAUCGCACCGAAACAAGAUUCACACGCCGAAGAUGUGCCACAAAUGGAAUGGUGGGAUUCAGUCAUUCUGUCCAACGAUCUGAAGACUAUGGACGGUGACAAUAUUGCGAUCCGUGAAUCAGCCAUUACAAACCUUAUCGAACAUCCGACGCAAAUGAAACCGCCAAAUGAACCAAUAAAACAAGUCUAUUUACCGGUGUUCCUGACCAAAGCCGAGCAAAAGAAAUUGCGACGACAGAAUCGGCGUGAGGCAUGGAAGGAAGAACAGGAAAAGAUUCGAUUGGGUUUGAUACCACCGCCCGAACCAAAGCUACGAAUAGCCAAUUUGAUGCGAGCUCUGGGCAAUGAAGCCGUCCAAGAUCCAACGAAAAUUGAAUCGCAUGUGCGUGAACAGAUGGCCAAACGUCAAAAAGCCCACGAGGAUGCGAAUAAUGCGCGAAAAUUGACGGCCGAACAGAAACGAGAGAAAAAAAUACGCAAAGUCAAAGAGGAUGUGUCUUGCGGUGUAUCGGUGGCUGUGUAUCGCAUCCGUGAGCUCAACACAUUCCACAGCAAAAAAUUCAAAGUUGAACAAAAUGCCAAGCAAUUAAUGAUGACCGGCGUUGUUGUACUGUUUCGUGAUUGUUGCGUUGUCGUUGUCGAAGGUGGGCCAAAGCAACAAAAAAAAUAUCGUCGUCUCAUGAUGCACCGUAUCAAAUGGGAUGAGGAUAUGGUUAAAAAUGCCGAUGGAAAUGAGGUGCCAAAUUCAUGCGUUCAGGUGUGGGAAGGCACUAGUGCACGUCGCCAUUUCGGUGAAAUGAAAUUCAAACUAUUCCCAAUGGAGAAAAUGGCACGUGAAUUUUUUCAAAAGCAUCAAGUCGAACAUUACUGGGACCAUGGUUAUACGGGUGCGGUAUUGGAAGCAUGUAAGCAAGAAGAUGUAUAAAAAAAAAAUUCUCCACACAUUUUGAUCCUUCACGAAAAAAUCACAGAGUAAACAGAAUCAACAGCGAGGGAAAAACCAUGCAAAAAAGAAGAAAAAAUCCAUCGGAAUUUAUAUCGUUUGCAUAAAAUAUUUUUAAGUUUUUUGGCAAUAAAGAAAAGAAGAAAAA